UUCGCGUUGAUUCCUCCAGGCCACACAAAGCACUGUCGCGCGCCUUUAACGGCCACUUAAUAAUUCCCCAAUAAAGAAAAAACGGAAUAAAUUACAAUUUAUACUAAAGUUAGUCGAAUCUUAAAUUUUAUUCUGUAAUACAUCUUAAUGAUAUAUGACUGAAUAAUGCCGAAUUUUUGCGCGGCCCCGAACUGUACCAGAAAAAGCACCCAAUCGGACUUAGCUUUUUUUAGGUUUCCAAGAGACGCACAAAGGUGCAAACUAUGGGUGGAGAACUGCCGUCGUGCAGAUCUGGAAGACAAAACUUCGGACCAGUUGAACAAGCAUUAUAGGCUGUGCGCUAAACACUUCGAGGCGUCCAUGAUAAGUAAAAGUAGCCCUUAUAGGACAGUGCUAAAAGACAAUGCCAUUCCAACUAUAUUUGAUUUAACCAGCCAUCUCAAUAAUCCACAUAGCAGGCACCGGAAGCGGAUAAAAGAACUGACAGAAGAAGAAUUGAGGAAGAUAAAAGAGCGGAGAUUGGAUGCCUCUGCUGAACAGACAGAAACAGAAAAAGGCAAUGAUGUAAACGAGGGUCAAGACAGCAGUGAUGCUUAUGAUGAUCUACCUCCACUGACGGCAGAGGAGAGGGAAGUCAGAGAUUACCUUAAAUCCUUGUUUGAGGUGCUUGUUGUGAUAGGAAAGCAAAACAUCCCUUUGAACGGGCAUGCUGAGGAGGAGAAGGGGAGCGAGUCGUUCACCCUAAGCAAUUUUCAGGCACUGCUGGAAUACCGCAUCAAUGCAGGGGACGAGGUCCUCAGAAAGAGGUUCGAGAUGACCGCUGUCAAUGCGGAGUACUGUUCCCCUACCCAGCAGAAACAGAUGCUAGAAGUCUGCGAGAGCUGUAUUCGCGAGGAGCUUCUCCAGGAGAUCAGGGAGUGCCGGUUCUUCUCGCUGGUCACUGAUGAAGUGGUGGAGAUCUCUGGGGAGUGCCACCUCCCUCUGCUUCUGCGUUUUGUGGACCAGUCCAAUGACCUGCGCGAAGAGUUCAUCGGGUUUCUGCCGUUUGAGGGAGACGAGGAGACCUUGAUGGAGAGGCUGCUGUUCGAGAUCACAGAGAAGUGGGGUCUGAACAUGGAAUAUUGUCGAGGCCAAGCCCACGUCAGCUUUGGCAUGUUUUCCAGCAAAAUUAAAGCUGUUGCUGCCAGACUAACUGAGAAAUAUCCUAUGGCAGUGCACACGCCCUGUUCCACCUGUGCCCUGAACAUUUUCCUUGCAAACAGUUUAUCCCUGACAGGAGUUCAGAUUGUGAUGUCAACCUUCAGAAAGAUUGACGCAUUCUUCAGCAAAUCACCAUUACUGCAGGCUGAGCUAGAGCAUGCCAUCUCCAUCUUCUAUCAGGGCAAUGAGGAAAAAGCCAAUGAUCUCAAAGAGGCAUGCCACACCCCCUGGACAGAAAGGCACGAUUCAUUUGAGCUAGCUAUAGAUUUCUUAGAAUCACUCCUGCUCUGCAUGGACAGCAUUCACGACAACGAAGACUUAAAGUGGAAUGACCAAAUAACUAACGAUGCCUACAUAAUCUCUGAGGCACUGGCAGACUUUGAAUUUGUGGUCACAUUAGUUGUCUUGAAAAACACCCUGUCCUUCACAAGAGCCUUUGGCAAGAAUUUGCAAGGGCAGACCAUGGAUGUGUACUUUGCCGCUAGUAGUUUAACUGCUGUCUUACACUCCCUCAAUGAGGUGUUGGAUAAUAUAGAGGUCUACCAUGAGUUCUGGUUUGAAGAGGCUGUGAACUUGGCCGCCGCCAUGGAGAUUCCAGUAAAGGUUCCCAGGCUGUAUUUACGAAAGCAGCGUCCCGAGGUGGGGAUGGAGAUCCAGCCAGAGAGUUACUUUAAAGAGAACCUGACAGUUCCAGUGGUGGAACGUGUCAUAAAAGAGUUGAAGGACGUCUUCUCAGAAAACCAUCUGAAAGCCCUUAAAUGCUUGUCCCUUGUCCCUGCAGUUAUGGGGCAGCUGAAAUUCAAUACUUCAGAGGAGAACAAUGCGGACAUAUACAGGAAUGAUCUCCCCAAUCCAGACACUCUUCCUGCUGAGCUGCACUGCUGGAGGAUUAAAUGGAAACACAGGGGCAAGGAGGUCAGCCUGCCAUCCACCAUCUAUGACACACUUCAGCUGUCAGAGGUUAAAUUUUUCCCCAAUGUUUACUCUUUCCUCAAAGUGCUCUGCACUCUGCCUGUCCUGAAUCUGCAGAACACCAAGAGUGAAACUGCCAGGAAGCGCUUGAGAGCUUACCUUGCAGACACACCUGUGAGCCACAGGUCUAAGAGCUUGGCAUUGCUCAACAUCAAUUAUGACAUUAAGCAUGACUUGGACUUCAUGGUUGAUAGCUACACUAAACUGUACCCAGAGAAAGAAAAAUGUUCAUAG